AUGGAAGUAUCGAAUUUCUUCUCUAGAUUAAUUCAAACAUCAAAAGAAACCAAACUUCUUAAACCACCUGAUGAUUUGGAUGAAUUCGAUGAUGCUUGGCAAAGGAUCAAAGCAACCUUGGAGCAACCCGAUGAAAGACAAAUAGUUCGGGGAAUAGCUUCUACCCAAGUUCCAACUCAACUGAGACAAAUUGUUGAUGCACUAGUAUAUGAGAGCAACAGAACGGAUGAAGACACGACUGGAGCUUGUCUCGAAUACUUCUUGAAAAAUGAUCUCCUUUCACAACUCGAAAGACUAUGUGAACCUGACAGACCGUAUGGUAUAAAAGCCGAGGUACUACGAGCUAUCAACAACUUGAUCGUCUCUUUAUCUGAGAGAUUUCUGGUGCAUAAUGCAGUUCAUCGGCCACUACGUCGAUUACUGAGAUCAUGUGUGGGUGAAGAACCAGAAGAGAAGGUUGAUGGAGGAUCCAGAAUAGUUGGAGCUGCUGGCAUGAGCCCAAAUAUAGAUAGAAAAGCGAGUAAUGAUGAUGUAGGAGAAGAUUUGGUCGGCUUGAUGUGUACUUUGGCAUCGAGAAUGGUAGCUUAUCCUCCGUUGUUACUUAUAUUCUUUCAUGAUAAAGGAUGGCUUCAACCUCAUCCAUCUCGAUUUCCUAAUCCUAAUUCUCUUGAUAGGGCACUAUCUCCUGCACCUUCAGGACAUACAGGUAUCUCCGGUCCAUCAAGUAAAACAGGUACUCAUCAUUUCGAGUUCCUGCUUUUCUCCUAUCUUUUACGAUUCGUUCAUCGAGAAGGUCAAAUUGGUGAUCCAGCCAGAGCAGGUCUUCUAUUCUUAUUUGAUAUCGCUUUCUUACCAUCAAACGAGAUCGUUACAGGUAGUUCUCAAUUAGAUAAUCAUAAUGGAUCUGAUCCGCUUCAAGAUGCUAGAGAUGCACUGGGGGAAUUCAUCUUAGAUGGAGAUUUCGCAGAAGUUAUGGCUGCUGGAUUAGGAGCAGUAUAUUCCCUUUUACCAUCAAAACUUUGCAUACCUUCUCUCGCGGAAUUAGCUACUCAAGAACAAGAACAAGUUGGUUCUUCUUCAGCAGCUUCAGGAGGAAUGCAUCUUGGUGCAGGAAAUAAUCCUCCAGAUUCCGACUUACCAUUAUCUACAGAUACAGAAGUACAUGAUCAAUUGGAUCUCAUCUUAAAAUUAUUCGGCUUCCUACAAGAUAUCAUACAUCGAUGUUACUCCACUAUUCACCAUGCAGAUCCUUCAUCUCAAGAAAUAUCUACUACACAAGUGCUAGGCAGUGCAAUUUCCGAAUCGACCUUGGACGCCAUACAAUCUUCUUUCCUCGAUAAUGUUCUAUAUCCUUCCAUAUUAGAAUGUUCAAGUCACGAUGGAAGUGCUGUCGCCGUACUCACUUACUUAGAUGUUCUAUUUUCGAAUCUCGAUGACGGUCCAUUGCUACAUCGUCUACUUGAAUUUCUCAUGGGCGGUGACACGAUACAAUCUACUCAAUAUAAAAAGAAUAAACGUAACACAGGCGCUAUGGGAUAUAUCGAUCAACCUCUACAUAAAGCAGGUUACUUUGCCGAAGAAGGUCGAUUCACGUUAAACGAUCUCAUACUCGACAACCUUCAUUCUGCAGAAUCUGUCUCAUCGACAGCUGCUCUUCGCCUCUUACGUACACUAACAAGCGAUCAUUGUCAAAAUUCGGUGAAGGGCUUAUUGUCCAUAAUAAGAGAUCCAACAGCAACAGCAUUAGCCAAACGACCUAUCCCAACAGAAUUAGAUAUGGCCGACGAUACAUUCCUUCCUCAUCCUGUCUACUCGAACGACCCUCGCUUACAAGAAGUGGAGCUGUAUAGCUCACUCAUCACUCGCCUGGACCCUUCGUCGUCUUCCGCAGAGGUGACUGCUGGUUACGCUGUCUAUCUGACCGAUGUGGCAGCGUCGAUAGAAUCCGAUCGAUGCUUCCGGUUAUGGCAGAACCCUCUGUUCCGCUUGGCAGAUGAGGAGAAAGUCUUCGCAAACUUGGAUAUACUGAAAGAAAGUCCGCAACAUCGCUUAAACCCCUCAGACCCGCUUAUCAAGUCAAUUCUGCAAUCACUAGGGCAAUUUAUGGGUAAUACUCCCGAUCAAAAUGUCGCUUUGACAGGUGCGAUCAGCUCUAUUACUAUAUGUCCCAAUCGAUCCCUUGCAGGGUUGCUGCUAUAUGAUAUUAGAAUCGAAGCGGAUCCAUGGAAAUCUCAAGCUAAACAUGGCAAAGGUCCCCAAUCUGAUUAUAGGUCGCAUUCAGCUUCAGAUGUAGACCCAGAUUCAGAUUCAGAUAUAGACAUCGAUGUCGUCUGUUUACGAACUUCUGCUUUCGAUUCAUUCGCCAAUCGACCUUCAAUACCCGUUCCUGCCAUCUAUCAAAUCCUACUUGAACUCAUCCAGAGUAUAUCAUCCUAUCGUUCUUCCAUCGAUUCUUUUGAUCGGCUACUAGCUGAAAGAAGACAAGGAUUAUUAUUUGCCGAUCAUUUAGAUGAAGCUAUGAAUCUGAUGUUGGAUGUCGAGCCCUCAAUAUUCGAUUUUCCGGAAACUCCCAACAAUGAGAAGAAGAGACCAUCUGCAGCGGGUCUGGUAGGUGGAAUCAAAUCUUUCUUGACUCCCAAAAAGAGGACACCGUCAAGUACUCCUCAGAAGCCGACGCCUACAUUAGGAAGUAUGCUGGGCUCGACACCUAAGAAAGUCGGACCUUCUACACCCAUCAAAGUGGAUGAGCUGGAUAUGCUCAACCCGUCCCCUUUUAGGUCACACUACCAACAAACAAGUCUUGAAUUACAAUUAGAACCAUCAGAAUCCCGAAUGAAUGAUGGUCCAUGGAAUUCUCGUAGUCCACCUAUUCUUACCCCUGACGAGAGGACGAUCUCAUCCUCAAGUAACACUCUUGCAGAUGCGAUGUCUUUCAACGAAGGACCAUCAGAUUAUGAUCAGAUAGACAACGACAAUGAUAGCAAUACCCGCUCAAUUGGAGACAAGCUGCCGAAGAAGGUGUCGCUGAGUGUGAUAUUGGAUAAUUGUGUACUAUUGGAAGAAUUCAUAAAAGAAUUAGUAGCCAUCAUAACUGUCAGAAGAGCUAUCGGGAUAGAUCAAGUUGGGUUUAUAUAG